AUGAUCUUGCAGCGAGGCGACGGUUCACUACAGCAGCAGCAGCAGAACGUGCCACCAGCAGCUCUAUUUGACACGGCCAACCCCGUCUCACCUCCAUCGCAGCCAGCAAUGACUCCAGAACAGCAGCAGAACCUCUUGGUAGAGGGAAUGGCGCAGAUCAGCCGGGUAGCUCUCCAGCUAGGAGAGUUCACCCCGGAGGAUCCAGAGCUAUUCUUCAGUAUCGCUGACCGCGGUUUUCAUGCGGCCGGCAUCACCUCCAAGGCGACCAAGUUCGCACACAUAUGUGGCAAGCUCUCCAAGUCAAAGCACACCGUCGAGGUGAGAGACAUCAUCCUCAACCCUCCAGCCGACAACCCCUACACACACCUGAAGACGGAGCUAAUAAAACGCCUCAGCUCCUCUCAGGAAGAGAAGACAAGGAGACUCCUGGAGAGCGCAGAGAUGGGAGACAUGAAACCGUCUCAGUUUCUGCGCCACCUUAAGAGCCUGGCAGGAUCCAGCUUCUCCGACGACACCCUCCGGACACUGUGGGUCACACGCAUUCCAUCUGACGCCCUGGCGUUGUUGGUCACACAACGCAGCGCCAGUCUCGAGGACGCCGCAGAACUCGCCGACAAGACCCUCCAGAUCCUAAAGCCAAGGAUCCCAGUAGUCGCCCCACAGAUUGCCGAGACAUCUGUCCACAGCAUCGAGGCACUCCUGAGUCUCAAGCUCUUCCAACUCUCUCUCACCCUCGACGAGAAACUCAACUCGAUGCGAGGCGAAAUCGAGAGCUUCAAACGGUUGAGCAGAGCUGACGGGGGAAAUCCAGGACGGGGAUUCAGGCAUGGCAGAUCCAAGUCACGUUCGAAGCACCGGCAGGCAGAGAUCAAGGGCCCCUGCUGGUACCACUGGAAGUUCGGACCCAGCGCCAGGACCUGCACACAGCCGUGCAACUUCACUGCCUCGAAAAACGGGACAAACAGUCACUAA